AUGGCUGGUCAGUCGGCCAAUCGGGUUAUGGUCCAUAUGGACCAAUCGGAGAUUAACCGGGAAUCCCGUUUCUUGCCCAAUAUCACUCUGGGUUAUAAUAUCUAUGAAAAUUAUUUCAAUGCAGGGAAGACUUCGGAUGCUUUGCUGGACCUGCUUUCGGAUGGGGAGGCCAAUGUCCCCAACUACAGUUGUGGGAGGCAGAGAAACACAGUGGCUGUUCUGGAAGGGGCUGAGACUGGCUUCUCCAUCCAGAUAUCAUCCAUGUUGGGCACCUACAAAAUGCCACAGACGAAUCAAUUGACAAAGUGCGGUGGAUAUAGGAAGCUUUACGUCUUCAUUAAACACUUUGCCGAAAAUUCUUAUACGUGCUCAGAGACCAAGGAUGACUUUUCGGUGAAAGUUUGGAGACGGUGCAAAGAAACAGAUGAACUGGAGACUUUGUCCUUGGAACAGAUGGGUCAGAUCCUUUGCUUAGACAACUAUUACAUUUACGAGGCCAUCUGGACUGUGGCAUGGGCCUUACACGCAGCCUAUUUUUCCAGAUCCAAGAGGACAAAGACAGAAGGCAAAACAUUCCCAUUUUCUCUUCCAUUCCAGCUUCAUCCCUUCCUUGAAAACCCUGAGAUUUACAAUGCAUCCAUAAAUGGAGUUCUUCUGGAUGAGAAAGGAGAUCUGACAGCUGAUCUAGUCAUUGUCAACUGGCUGUUUCUCAACAAGUCAAUUAAAAAAGUCCUGAUUGGCACCCUAGAAAAACAGGGAUCCCUGGAUUUCACCUUUAUGGUCCAUCUGAAUGGUGUGACAUUGAUGGAUCAGCUGAACAAGACUCUGCCUCCUUCCAGGUGUGUGGAAAGCUGCCAUCCUGGAUUUAUGAAGGUGCCUCAGGAAGGGAAGCCCAUCUGCUGCUACAACUGUCUUCUGUGUCCUGAAGGAACCAUCUCCACCAUGGAAGACACACAACAAUGCAGCAAAUGUCCAGCCGAUCAACAUCCAAACAACAACCGAGAUAGCUGUGUCCCCAAGAUGAAGACUUUUCUAUCCUAUCAAGAAAAAUUGGGGGUCAUCUUGAUGUCCAUUGCCCUGUUCCUCUUUUUCAUCACAUCUUUUGUCUUGGGGGUUUUCUUUAAAUUCCAGGAAACUCCCAUAGUCAAAGCUAACAAUAGGGAUCUCUCUUAUAUCCUCCUGGUUUGUCUCCUGCUUUCCUUCUUCACCUCCUUCUUGUUCAUUGGCCAGCCAAGGAGAGUCACCUGCCUUCUUCGACAAACAGCAUUCAGCAUCAUCUUCUCUGCUGCCAUUUCUUCAGUUUUGGCUAAAACCAUCACAGUGGUGCUGGCUUUCUUGGCCACAAAACCAGGGAAUAAUGUGCAAAGAUGGCUGGGGAAAAGUUUGGCCAACUCUAUCAUCCUUUCUUGCUCUGGUCUCCAAGUUCUUCUCUGCAGCAUCUGGUUGGGCAGUUUCCCACCCUUCCCUGAGUCUGACAUGCACUCACAAUCUGGAGAAAUCAUUCUACAGUGCAAUGAAGGCUCUGUCACCAUGUUUUAUGCGGCCCUUGGUUAUAUGGGCUUCCUGUCCACCAUCUGCUUCACAGUGGCUUUCCUGGCCAGGAAUCUCCCUGGGGCCUUCAAUGAAGCCAAGCUUAUUACCUUCAGCAUGCUGGUCUUCUGCAGUGUCUGGGUGUCCUUCAUUCCCACAUACCUGAGCACCAAAGGGAAGUACAUGGUGGCUGUGCAAGUCUUCUCCAUCUUGUCCUCCAGUGCAGGACUUCUUGGAUGCAUCUUCAUUCCCAAGUGUUUCAUUAUUUUCCUAAGACCAGAUCUGAAUACAAAAGAAUAUGUGAUGUCAAAAUAA